AUGGAUUUUUCGAAACCUAUGAAUAUCGUCAUUAUAGGCGGAUCCAACACGGGCCUAAUGCACGGGGUAAUGCUCUCGCACCUCCCCAUCCCCCAUCAAAUAACAAUCCUCGAACGCAACCCCUCAGACAUCCGACCAGAUCUUGCAGCCGGCAUAACCACGUGGCCCGAAUUCGAAGAAUUCAUGAAACACCACGAUCGCGUUGAUGAAGCAUGGUCUAUUCAUUCCCCUGGCGUGCAAUUCUUGGAUAAGGAUGCGAAAGUUAAGAGGAAGAUGGAUAAACCGUUGAAGAUGACUAGUUGGAGUGUUAUUUAUCAUCGGUUGAGGAGGAAUUUCGAUGGGUUGAAAAGUGGCUUUUGUGAUGGGGAGGUGCGGGGAUUAGGUGAGGAAGAUGGAGUAAGUGGAAAGGGAGAAGGAAAGGGAAAACGGGAAUUCCUAACAGGCAUGAGUGUUACUUCUCUCACCAAAGUUGAAGAUGGUGUAGAAAUCACUUAUGAAGACCUGAAAGAUUCCAGCAGAGAACAUAAACUCAAAGCCGAUAUGGUAAUACUAGCCGACGGCGCAAAUUCUACUCUCCGCGCAAAAUUCUUUCCAGAUGUUAAGAGAGAAUAUGCAGGUUAUGUAGCAUUUCGGGGUACCGUUCCCGAAUCCGAGGUUUCGGCCGAGACGAAGAGUAUUUUCGAUCCGAACUUAACGUAUUUUUCUUAUGAUGGUGGAUAUAUUCUUUUAUACAUAAUCCCCAGCUCAAGUGGCUCCUUAGCCCACGGUGACCGCCGCUACAACUGGGUAUGGUACCACCCAGUAUCAUCCUCCACCCCCUCCUUCAAAGACCUCAUGACCGACACAACGGGCGUUCAACACCGCACCACUCUCCCAGCAGGUCUCAUGAACCCCACAGCCUGGACCCCCUACCUUACACUCUCCCAAUCCGUCAUGACAGCACCAUUUGCAGAAGUAAUAUCCAAAACUCCCUCUCCCUUCAUAACAGCCAUCAACGACUCUACACUCCCUCGAGCACUCAUCCCAGGAUUCGAUAACAGAGUCUUAAUUACUGGAGAGGCGCUCAAUCUCAUGAGACCGCAUAUGGCAUUGAGUACGACGCAGAGUGCGAUGCAGGCGCUUUUGUUAGAGAAGGUUUUUAAAGGGGAGAUGGGAUUACAGGAAUGGGAGAAGAAGAUUUUGAAGUGGGGCCGUUUGGGGCAGUGUAAGACGAAUGCGUUUGGGUUGUGGAAUUUGAGGGGUUUGAAGGCGGCUUUGCCUUGGGUUUUGAGGUUGGUGGGGGUUUUGGUGGGGAUUUUGUGA